AAUCGUUGAAUCGUUUUUCCAGAUCCCCCUGUAAAUGAUGAGCCACUGUCAGAUGAAGAAAUACCUAAGUGUCUUUGCAAAUGUCCACAAACUACGGAGCAACACGGUCCAGUUCCAACAGCACAAAUACUGGGAGGACCAGAUCUGCACGUGGACAAGGGAAGCACCAUCAACUUGACUUGCUCCAUACGUUUCAGCCCUGAACCGCCAGCGUACAUUUUCUGGUACCACCAUGAUGAC